AUGCAGACCAUUCAGACUGUAGAGACGCAGUUCCCCAUGCUGUGUGAGAGCUUCCACUAUUCUACUUUCCGAAGACAUGACCAGGAGAGGAGGAAGAGCAGCCUGACAGCGCUCUUCCUAAAACAACAUCACCACCACCACCAACAACAACAACAGUGUAAACAACUGCAGGCGGCGCCCCAUGGCGUCUCGGCAGGUCGUGUUGAACACGCUCAGCUCACCUGCUCAGCCAGCAGCCCAGCGGGCGAGGCAGAGGUGGGGAACAUGGGGAACCUGGUGGCCAAGCCCGGGACGCAGGGCCUCAUGGCUCAGCUCAAGACAGAGGGGCAUGAGGGCUCCAUCUUCUCCUACAUCCACAUUCGGACGGAGAUGUCCCGGGCGGUGGUGCGCCAGGCUGCUUUGGAGGAUGUGAUCCAAAGGACAGGAGUCAGCACGGUCCCCUCAGGUGAGGAGUUGGAGAGGCUCACGGCAGGACGCAGGUGUCAGGUGGAGGACGUGCAUGAGGAAGGCGGGAGGAGCUACAGCACUGGGUCACGUGACCGGCUGGAGGACCUCCAGGUGCAGCCAGGGGGACCAGCAGGGCUGGAGAACGUGUCUCAGGACCAGCUCACGCGGCGUCGGGAGAUGGAGAACGGAACACUCCCUCAGAAAGACCAGACUAAUAGAGCUCCUGUCUGUCGUGCUGAGUUCACAGAUAGUAACGGCCGCGAUUCUGGACGUGAGGUAAACGAAACUAAAACCAUACUGUCGUUGUUGGAGAACUCAGCCGAACAUCCAGAUGGUCAUCAGAACACAGUGGCCAUGAGUGCCUACAGCACCCAAGAUUCCAAGGCGACUGUCUCCAAAACAAGCAAUUGCGCUAAUGUCCAGGAUACCACAGCAACCAGCAUGUACUACAAGAGCGCUGAGGAGCAUCUGGAGGAGAGGUCUUCUCUCUCGUCUCCGAGUGAAGAGUGUCUCCGGGGUGACAGUAGCCUGACCCAGCGCGUAGAGGUGGGCUUGAACUCCGCCAAGCAAUUUGUCAACCUCGAGUUCGACUCGGAGUCAAAGGUCAGUCUGAUGAUUUUUGUUCCCCUAAAGAGCAUGAGUAGUGUGGAUCUGAACUUGGUGCACGGCAAGGAUGAUGGUGGUUUCGGAGAGGAAGGGUCAGGCUCCUUCACCCAGUGGCUGUCUGAACGCGACCUGGACACGGGUUGGCGACCUCGCAGGACCUCCAGCACGACCCCUGGGGUCAAACCCCACCCUACCAUCCAGCCGUCGUAUGUGAAGACCACCACUCGCCAGCUGUCUUCUCCUCCAUGCACUACCCCUUCCCUGAGCCCCUCCUACCCCCGCAGAGGGAGCCAGGAAUUAGGCUCAGGUCACGGGUUAGGUCAAGGGUCACUCGGAGCCGAGAAGUGGAGAUCACACAGGCAGCGCUCGUGUAGCAUCGCUGGGCCCCUAGGUUUCCAUGGCAACUGUGGGAGGAGUAUUGGACUGGGAUGGCCUGAGCUUAUGAAUAGGACGUUCCAAUCCCUUGGACUCUGGUCCAGCUGUUGCCAGGUAGCCACAGACGUCACCUUUCAGGAUGUGUUCACAGGUGAGCCAGCUGUGUUUGGCCUUAUUGGUGCAGUGCCGCCAGCAACACGUGCAAAGAGAUCACUGGCAAAGAAUGUGAAAUACGUGCACACCAGAAAAGAGAGGUAUUUGAUGCUGACUGGUACAGGUGAAGGUGACUGUAGUGAAGAAGUUGAGAAAUUCUAUUCACAGAUUAUGGAUCUUGGAAUUCUCCAGCCCUUCAGUGGGCUGACUACAGGCCAGGAGGCAAUUAGCAGGCCUAGUUUCAAUAAAGAGCAGUUGUACACUUGGGCACUGUUGGGUCACCCUGAAGGAAGAACACCAAAGAGAUUACAAACCCUCUGGCCCCCAGCCUCAAUUACAGCACAGAGCGAAUCUCCUGGGAACAUUUCGGACGGGAGAUCCACGACACUCAAGCAGCUGCAACGGACCAUUGAGGAAUUGCAGGAUAAGAUAUGUGAGCUGGAAAUGGACCGUGAAGCCGUGACUGUCGUGGAGGGGAGCACUACAGCGCAGGUUCCAGGCAGGGGAGACCUCAGUCUCCUGCAGAUCCUCAGCAGUGGGAACGCACGGAGGAUUCUCCGCGAAGCCGAGUCGGUCCAGACCUCACCAACCCAGGAAGCCUUCAUGCCCACAGUGCCUUUGCACAGCCAAUCUCAGACUGUCGUUUUGACUGACAGCUCCACCUCACCGAUGGCACAGUCUGUAACUGCCAGGGACGACAGCAGAAGGGCGUGGCACAACCCCUUUCUCUGCACCCAACUUCUCUGGCUCCACCUCUUCCUGUUUUGGUUGGCUCAAAUGAAUCCUCAGCCCCGCCCUCACCUCAUCCACUGGGACCAGGGGUGUCAGUCCCGCCCCCAGCACCAACUUCACCACAUUUACCUCCUCCCACUUCCCCUUCUCUUCAGGCCCCGUUGUGGGCCUGGAGGUCUGUCUCCACCCCUCCUGGUCUUGGCUCAGGAGACUGUAGCUUUGAAGGCAGUUAUUGAGCCUCCACGACCCAUGAAGCCUUUAUACUGGACCAGAAUACAGCUGCAUGCCAAAAAGGAGUCACACACUCGUCUUGUGUGGGAGAACCUGCAGGAACCAUAGGAGAACCAUAGGAGAACCAGGAACCAUGACUUUGCAAAACUGUUUGCCAAAGUCACGGUAAAAGAGAAGAAGAAGCCCAUUUCAGACACCAUCAUUAAAUCAAAGGGCAGGAGGAAGACGCAACUGAGUGUGAUGAAGUUGUUGAGUAAUAAGCGUUCUCAGGCUGUAGGAAUCUUGAUGUCCAGUCUACAUUUGGAUAUGAAAGACAUUCAACAUGCUGUCUUGAACAUGGACACCUCGGUGGUGGACUUGGAGACCCUGCAGGCUCUGUACGAGAAUAGGGCACAGAAAGAGGAAGUGGAGCAGAUGGAGAGAUACGUCAGGCCUGCUGCUGAGAAAAACACUGGACCUCUGGACAAGCCUGAACAGUUCCUGCUACAGCUGUCACAGGUUCCUCAGUUCUCUGGGCGAAGGUUCUGCAUCUUGUUCCAUUCCACCUUCACAGAGUGCAUCACCUCCAUCCACCAGAAGAUCAACCUGCUGCAGAAAGUGUGCAGGUUUCUGUGCUUGGAUAAAGGGGUCCUGAAGGUUCUCAGUCUGGUUCUGGCAUUUGGGAACUUCAUGAACGGUGGGAACAGAAGCAGGGACGUCCUGCUCAAACUCAGAGACGUGAAGGGCAGCGAUAACUCCCACAGUCUUCUGUCAUACAUCGGCUAUAUGUGACACUUUGAUGAGGAGGCGGGUAGUGACACGUGUGUGUAUUUGUUGUGUGUGUGUGUGGACCUUUUCCAGAUGUCACAGAUGAAGUUUGAGGAUUUUGAGCGAGACCUGCAGAAACUACGCAAAGACCUGAAUGUGUGCUCAUCAGAAACAGAGAAGGUGUGUGCUGCUGACCAACACUUUCAGCCAUUUAAAGAGAAAAUGGAGUCGUUUCUUAGUCAUGCCAGGACAGAGCUAGAGCAAAAGUAGAAACAGCUCUCUGACACUCACAACAGCUUUGUGUUUUUCGCACAGAAGCCUAAGGGAGGGGAGAAAGAGGUGUCUCCACACGUAUUCUUCUCCAUAUGGCAUGAGUUCUCCUUGGACUUUAAGGACCUGUGGAAGACUGAGAACAAACAGAUCCUGAAGGAAAGGCUGAAGGCGGCGGAGGAGACAGUCAGACAGGCCAUAGUUGGUUACGGCGUCAGACCCAGGCUGACCUCUGGGAUGCUGCAAGGCCAAGUUGGAGCUGAAGACGUGAGCGCUUCACGGGCCUGGGGGAACGUGGCAGUCCUGUACCUGGUUCUGGACCCUGGACCUUGUUCUCGCCUCUAA